CACAGAUGGACAACCACAGCUUAGCUUAUUCGGUUGGUCCGCAACACCGGCUGGAGGAGGGAGGCAUCAGUCCAUCUCUGCAAGGGAACUGACGCUGCCACCUACGAUGGCUGUCGUCCUGGACCCAUCGACCCUCUCGUACUCAGAAUUCGUCAAGCGCUUCAUGCUGUCUGGAAGGCCUGUGCUCAUCAAGGGCCUCUGCGCCGACUGGGGUGCAAAUCAGCAGUGGACCACUGACGGUCUGCCCGACUUUGCCAAGCUUAAGCGCCUCCCUGAUGUGAGAGUACCGGUGGUGCAUUCUUCCGGAGGAGAUUACCAGUGCUCAGAGAUGAAUCUGCAUGAGUUUCUCUGCUACUGGGAGAGGAGGCGGGACGCUGCUGCUUCCUCUGAUGAGCCGGAAAUCUACCUGAAGGACUGGCACUAUGUCGAGGAGAUUCUUGGCGGAGAGGGAGAGAGGAGGGCGUCGCUCUAUCCGGUGCCUGUCUACUUCGAGGACGACUGGUUCAACAAGUAUGGGCUGAAGGGGGACUCGGACAUUGAUGACUUUCGAUUCGUCUACUGGGGGCCGCGGGGGACCUGCACACCUGUGCACAUGGACGUCCUGGGCAGCUUCUCAUGGUCAGCCAACAUCUGCGGGCGGAAGAGAUGGCGCUUUUUCCGGCCGGAGCACUCGCACCUCCUUCGUGACCGAUCCGGGCUGCAGACGGUCACCCACCUCGAUUGCUAUGACACAUCGGCCUUCCCUCAUGUGAGGACCGCCCCGGUCGUCGAUGUGGUGCAGGAGGCCGGUGACUGCGUGUUCGUGCCGAGCGGCUGGCACCACCAGGUGGACAACCUGGACGACUGCAUGUCCAUCAAUCACAACUGGGCAGACGCCGCCAACAUCCGGGAGGUGCUGCGGGUGCUCCUGGCCGAUCUGAGGCGUGUCGAGGGCCUCCUGGCGUCUGACCGGGGUCUCUUCGACACCGACGUGGAGUACACUUUGGCGUGCCAGCGGAUUGUGCACGCCAACAAUGGCGUGGAUCUCUAUGGUUUUGUGGCGUUCCUGCUGAGGUGCGUCAGUGGAGAGAUGGAAGCGCAUCGGGCGUUGGGGAACGGAGACGACGCCUCGGUGUCAAAAGUGGAAAGGGCGAUGAAGCUGCUGUCGCUUUAUCGACUGGGGCAUCUGCUGGCCACGCUCGCGAGCGGCGGAUAUGGCCCGACAAGGCCGUCAGGGGGCGACGCUGCUGCACGGAAGGAGGAAAGUUGCUGUGCCGACGUCCUGUCAGCAGUGCGGCUCAUUGCAGACGAGCUGACAAGUGCGUCGGGUGCUGAGCUUCAGGACGAGGUGUGUGCCAUGGCUCGCGCAUCUAAGGGCGAGGCAGUGAGCCUGGGGAAGAAUGAUAAUGAUGACGUAGCACCACCUGCAGUGCGUGGGAUUGAAGAGAUAUGGGGGGCCGUGCGGGCGAGGGGAUGGACUUCUGACGAUUGAUUGAUGUUUAUCCGCGCAUUGCUUUGUUCGCGUGCCUGUCGUCUCACUCAUGAGUGCCCACCUCACCACACAAAGACAAAGACCUUCUUAUAUGAAUAAAAGGAG